UUUAAUGCUGGCCACCGCACAGCACAGGAUUAAACAACCUCACAGCCUCACACAAUCCAUUCCCUGCUUCCCCUCAUCUAUCUAGCUGCAAAUGGAUAACCAAAAGCUGUCGCCGCUCUUCUUGUUGCUGUUUGUUGCAUUUGGCUGCAUUGCCAACACAUUUGGCCAAACAUUGGAGGUGCCCACGCGUCGUCUAAUGCCACCCGCUUUGCCCUUUGCCGAGAGCUUUGAGCGCUUCGAUGACAGCGCAGAGGACAAUGUCGACGUUGAGGAGGUCAUGCGGCAGACGGGCGAGGAGCUGCGAGAGCUGCUGGGCGAGCAGUUGACCAGCGCUGUGGUGCCGCUGACAGCGGUGCCAUUUCUGAGCCUCACACGCCGCCAGCCUGGAAUUGUGGCGCCUCGCUCUGGCGUGGAGGCAGCGCUGCAAUUUGGUGGUGACGAUGACGAGGACAGCGAGGAGGACAGCGAUGACGACGAUGAUGAUGAUGAUGAUGAUAGUGCCGGGGAAAGCGUUGAAGAUGCACAGCCGGAAGCUCAGCCAACGCCUGUGGCACAGCCACAGCUUGUACCUCAAACGCAACCCCAAUCUCAACUCCAGCCGCAGCCACAGCCACAGCCACAGGCUCCGCCGCCAGCAGCAGCGGCAACACAGUCAACGUAUAAUCCGUAUCGCGACAAUUUCCAUGACCAAAACACAGAUGGCAGCUAUGUCUAUGGCUACUCGCUGCCCAAUGGCGUGCGCCGCUGGGAGCGCGGCUUUCACUCAGCGACUCAGCAGCACGGACUCGUCGUCGAGGGUUUCUAUGCACAGCCCCGGCCAGCUGGCCAUGGAGUGCGCUAUGAGCUGCGCUGCUAUCGCGCCGAUGCCCAGGGCUAUCAUCCGCUGGCAGUCGAGUAUCUGGCAGAGCCGCCAAUUGUACAACGCUUCCAGCUGCCCAAUGUGAGUUGCUUCAAUGCCAGUCGACAGCGUCGAUGACGAAACUGAUGACGAUGAACAAACGCCUAACAAUAGUUGACAAUAUUUAAUUUAUUAGCUCGAUUUUCUUAUCAAUUUUUUUUUGUGCACGUAAUAAAAUGAAGUAGCUAAAU